AUGGCUUUACUUCCUAGAGUCUUUGCGGUAGAAAAGAUUGAUAAAUCUAUGUAUCCUAAUAUUGAAAUGCUCAACUUUAGUGCAGCCAGUAUAAUAGAAACACCAAAACAUGUUCAGGAUUGGAGACUAGAAUCAAAAGAUUUGAAAUAUUUAGAUCUCAGUCACAACUUAAUAGAAGAUGUGUUUCCUAUAAUUUGUUAUGAUAGAUACAACGAUGAUUCAACUGAAGGAUUUGUAGAUUUACGUUAUAAUAACAUAUCAUCUCUCAGACUACAUGGAGUAACGAGAUGGCGAAAACAGAUUUUUUCUCGUUAUAAAUAUCUGUAUGAUCUUACAUGCUACAAUCCGCCUUCACUGCGUGGGAGAAUAAUUUCUAAACUAUCACUAAGUGAAAUCGGGUGCAAGCCCAAAUUACGAAUAGUAACAAAUGUUCCGACAGGGCCAAUUAUAGUAGUGAUUUAA